AUGGAUAUAUGGGUAUUAACAAACACCACAAUCACCUGCCGUCACUGCCACCACCCACCGUCACCACUUGUCACCGCUACCACCAUCACCACUACUACUGCUACCACCAUCGCCACCACCAUCGUUACCACUACCGCCGCCACCACAACUACAGUCUCCACCACUAACCACUACCACCACCACCACCAGCUACCACCUCCACCACCACAAACACCAACCAUUACUACCACCACCACCUGCAACCACCACCUACCAUCGCCACCACCACCUACCAUUGCCACCACCACGUACCACUGCCAUCACAACCACCUACCUCCACCACAAACACCAACCAUUACUACCACCAACACCACCUGCAACCACCACCUACCAUCACCGCCACCACCGCCACUACCACCCCACCCGUCACCUGCCACCACCAACUAUUGGAUUACUAAAGAUAAUGAAGAUAUCCACUGA